AUGGCCUCCAAUAACGGCAUCUGGCACAAGACUUCGGUCCAAGCCGCCAAGGAGCAAGGCAAUACCUACUCGACCACAACAACGGCUGGCAAUAAGCGUGCUCGUUCUGAACCGGAACACCCUACGGCACCACGACCGACGACUCUAUCAAGCCGCACAUUGGGUGCACAACGAUCUAUAAGUCUGCCACCAAGUGCCCCGAGACUCACGGCGAGCCCGAUCACGUCCCUAGAACUCGCCCGCCAAGGGCCCUCCGAGUACACGCAACGACAUGCUGUCCCAUCCACGCCGUCGUCUUCUUCAGAUCCUUUGCUUGCUCUUGCUCACCCUUUUUACGGCCUCCCUCGGCCGUUGAUUCGCAACCUGUACGGCCUUGGCAUCAAGAUCAUGUACCCAUGGCAAAAGGCAUGUCUGCGAGGCCCCGGACUUCUCUCCGGAGACAAAAAUCUCGUAUACAGUGCUCCAACAGGAGGCGGAAAAUCACUUGUAGCCGAUGGCGAGUUCACCCGCUGCAGACGAUAUUCUACGCACCUUGCUGACCUUGCCGCAGUGCUAAUGCUGAAGAGGGUCUUGCAAGAAAAGAACUCCAAAGUGCUCCUCGUUUUGCCCUAUGUCGCUUUGGUCCAAGAAAAAGUUCGAUGGUUACGGAACAUCGUGCAGGGGGUACCCAAACCCAAGGAAGAAAUCGACGAUGAGAAGCGUAUUUGGAGGCGCCGCGCUGACGAGGACUCCAUCAGAGUCAUUGGUUUCUUUGGUGGGAGCAAGAUCAAGCCUACUUGGGCCGACUUCGACAUCGGCGCGAAUGCUCUCGUCAACACGGCGAUCGACGACUGUUCAAUCAAGCAUUUGAAAGCCGUCGUCCUGGACGAGCUCCACAUGAUUGACGAUGACCACCGAGGAUACCUCAUGGAGUUGAUGGGCACCAAGUUGCUAAGUCUACCUCAUCCGGUUCAAAUCAUCGGCAUGAGUGCCACCAUGUCCAACAUCAAGCUACUGGCCGACUGGCUCGGAGCUCAAUCAUAUGAAACACGAUACAGACCAGUGCCAAUUGAAGAACAUCUGGUCUAUGAGGGGAACGUGUAUCCGGCUGCCACGACAAGCGAGCUGCUAAAGACAGCCGGUGAUUUGAAGUCAGGGACACAACAUACGCAAAGUUCCAAAGCAAUCAGACGCGUUGAGCUAUCGAGUCACAAAGAGUUCAAAGACCCAGUGCUCAACGCGGUUGUUUCUCUGGCCAGCGAGACUGCUAGGGCAGGGUACGGCGCUCUAGUAUUUGCCAGCAGUCGACCUGGGUGCGAAUCGGAUGCUCGCUGGAUUGCUAGAGUUAUGCCUACCCUUGAAGAACUCGACAAUUCGAUGGUCGAGAAACGGAUCGAGCUGAUGGCUGACUUGCGGAGUCUUGGCACCGGUAUGGAUCCUGUUCUCGAAGAGACGGCUGGAUUGACCACGGAAGAGCGUGAACUAAUUGCUAAUGCUUACGAUACCGGGGUCAUCAAGGUAUGCGUAGCUACCUGCAGUCUCGCGGCGGGCAUUAAUCUACCUGCACGAAGAGUGAUUCUUCACAAUGCUCGGAUGGGGCGAGAUUUCGUUGGCCCCUCCAUGCUGCGGCAGAUGCGUGGAAGGGCCGGUCGCAAGGGCAAAGACGAGGUCGGGGAAACCUAUUUAUGCUGCCGAAAAGACGAUCUUGAGCAAGUCGUCGACUUGAUGAACGCUGAGAUGCCCCAGAUCACGAGUGGCUUGAUAACAGACAAGCAACGUAUUCAGAGGGCAUUAUUGGAGGUUAUCGCUGUACGACUUGCAACGAGCAGAGAUGCUCUAGAUGAAUACUUAAGCAGAACACUUCUGGCAUAUACAGGUGCUCCCGAGCCUUUACAAGACUGUGUCGAGACGAGCCUCAAAAAUUUGCAAUCAAUGGGAUUCAUUACAGCAGAUGCUUGCGGCAACUACCAGCCAACAAAACUAGGUCACGCCAUCGUGGCUUCUGCCUUGGAUCCCGACGACGGAGUUUUCAUCCACAAGGAGCUGGAAAGAGCGCUCCAAGCCUUCGUAAUGGACGGCGAGAUGCAUAUUCUCUACAUCUUCACACCCGUACAUGAAUUCGGUGCCAACAUUAAUUGGCAAGUAUUUCGCAACGAAAUGGAGAAUCUCGAUGAUAGCGGUCACCGUGUUCUCGGAUUUCUCGGAUUGAAGCGUGCUGUGAUCAACCGACUGGCACAUGGUAGCACACUGAAGGAGACGACACCCGAAGAGAAGGAAAUCGUCCGUGUACACCGUCGGUUCUACUUGGCCUUCCAAUUACGAGACCUGUGCAACGAGAUGCCUGUCCAUGCCGUUGCGCGAAAGUACGAUGUGCCUCGGGGUGCUGUUCAGACCCUAUCGCAGACUUGCCAUGGGUUCGCAGCUGGCAUGAUCAAGUUCUGCGAACAUAUGGGUUGGGGCGUCAUGGCUGCUGCACUGGACCACUUCUCGGAUCGUUUGAUAGCAGGCGCAAGGUCGGACUUGCUGGCGUUGGCACAAAUUACCUUCGUAAAGAGCCGGACCGCGAGAGUUUUCUGGGAAAACGGCUUUCGCAGCGUCGCAGCCGUUGCGAAUGCAGAUCCCAAAGAGCUCCUCCCAAUCCUCAUGCAGGCUCAACCGAGUAAACUUCGCAUCAAGGGACAGGAAAGCGUCAAGUAUGAGGAAAAGUUGAUGGCAAAGGCCCAGGUCAUCUCCAACUCGGCCAACCGGUUGUGGCAAAUCCAGAUGCAACAGGAGAUUUAUGAAGAAGAAUGA